AUGUCAAGCCAAUGCCUAGGAAUAACCCAAAAGGGCACGCCAUGCAAACUAAAUGCGAAACAAGGUGGUAGGUAUUGCAGACACCAUGAAGUACAGGAGACAUCCGAAGGAUACAUAUACAUAUAUACGUUCGAAGAGCUCUAUGAAAAUGCAAUACUAAGCCGCAAGGAACGAAAUCAGAUCUCUUGGCUAGCGAUAGACGAAAGUAAAUUAAAUAAGGCUAAGAAGGUCGGAAUCACACCUUGGCAGCACCAGGGCGAUGAGAUACUGAUCAAAAUUGGGAUGACCACCAGGGAUGACGUUUCCAUACGGCUGGCAGAAUGGAGAAAACAAUGCAAGCGCGAGAUCAUACCCAUCAAUCCGUCCAGAGCAUUACAAUUCUAUUCUCUUGACAGUAAUACGCGCCAUAGCAAGAAGUCAAACAUCAUAGACAAAGUGUCUCGCUUAUUUAGUAAACUUGACUUAUCUGGAGGGAGCACUUCAUCUAAAACUAGCAGCACUGCUACACAAACCCUCAACCUAUCUACGUACAAGAGGAACGGAUUCCGGUGUACGCAUCCACGUGACGUGGAAAGAGAGAUUCAUGAAUGGCUAUGGCAUAAAUACGGGAAGGGUAACGUUUUAUGCGAGGCUUGCCACAAAACACACCAUGAAUGGGUUAGAGUGCCAGUACGGGAAAUGGUUUCCAUUAUGUACACAAUCGAGGGCAUUUGCUCACGUUCUGAAUACGCUGCGGCAACCUCUAAGCGUGAAAGGCCGUACAAGCUUAAAAGAGCAGCGGAACAGAAAACCUCAUAG